AAUGGGAGAACCACAGAUUCUCCAGCGGUGGAAGAACCAUCUACCACACGACAUCGUACUAAACAUCCUGGCUAGACUACCGGUUAAAUCAGUGACAAGAUUCAGAUGCCGCAUAGCAACUUGGGAAGGAAGACCAUUAGCCGAUACGGUUGCUCCAUCUGACACAUUAGUCUGUACGGUUGCUUUGGGUCGCACGUUUGAUAGGAUUUCUGAGGUUAGAAUUCCCUUUGAUUUUGAUUCUGAGUUUGCCCAAAUAGUGGGUUCGUGCAAUGGCUUAUUGUGCUUUGCCACUUCCGAGGGUAAUGUUAUAUAUUUGUGGAACCCCAGCAUUAGAAUGUUCAAGAGAUUGCCUGAUACUAAGCGCUUAGGAAAGUUAGACUCCUUUCAACUCGGAUUUGCCUAUCAUUCCGAGAAUGAUGACUAUAAGGUUGUCAGGAUUUCACAAUCACAAUUGCGUAUACCUGAGAUUGUGAGUGAGGUGUACACAUUAAGUUCAGAUUCAUGGAAGAAGGUUGUAAUCUCAUUGACAAUCGGGAUUUUCUUCUGGCAUCAGAAUAAUUAUUUGCCAGCCCCAUUGGUUAGUGGAGCUUUGCACUGGGUGGCACAAAAUCGCGGGGUUGGUGGUAGAGUGAUUUUGUCGUUUGACGUCAAUAGUGAGACAUUAAGAAAACUAGCACUGCCCAAAUAUUCUACCCAUGCCAGUCCCUGGAUUGGAUUAUUCAAGGGGAAACUGGCUUUAUCUACCUGGGAGUAUAAUUAUGGAAAUUCUGACUUCCGGUACUGCAUAUGGAUGAUGGAGGAGUAUGGCGUGGUUGAGUCUUGGAAUAAGCAUUUUGUUAUUGGAUCAUUUAAACAGAACAUUCAUUGGAGUGCCUUUACCAUGUAUGGUUCACUUAUACUCUGCUUCGUCAAUCAUCGAGUAGAGAGGAUGGGAUUUGAGUUUGUAUUAAUUGACACUGAAACUCUGCAUGAGAAGAAGGAUCCUGAUAUCAGAUAUCCUUCAUAUGUAGCUACUUUCAAGGAGAGCCUUCUUUUACUAGAUGGAGCAAAUGUGGUUUCCUACUAA